CACCUCUUUUUAAUAAUUUUUUUCUUUGUCUCGAUCUCUUAUCCUCUUAUCGGAGCUAUCGACCUCCCUCACCACCCCCCUUCAAUUACCCCUUCCCUUUUUUAUUAUAUAAAUCCCCACCCGAAUCAUUACCCCAUUUACAAAUUUCUCUCGAGAAUUGAGGACAACACACAGCCCUCGAGAACUCGACAAAAAACAGAGCAAGAAACAGAGCACCCAUCUCCAAAAUGCAAUCUUGCUUCUUCCAAUACCAAACCCAAGAAAUCUCCACCGAGAGUUCCUUGAAUUGCGGAGUGUUCAAUCACGAUAUGCUCCCCUUCAACUUCAAUGAUUCCGAGGAGAUGCUCCUCCUCAACCUCCUCGCCGCCUCGGGGGUGAAGGAGUCCUCUGAAUCUCUCUCCUCCAAUGGCUCCAAAUUCAAAGAGGAAGAAGUCACCUCCAGCACUUGCAGCACCGACGAUUCGCAGCAGCCGGGACAGGAGGCCAAUGCGAAUCAUCAGGAGAAGGAGAAGUCAUACCGAGGGGUGAGGAAGCGCCCGUGGGGGAAGUACGCGGCGGAGAUAAGGGACUCGACCAGGCACGGGAUCAGGGUCUGGCUCGGGACGUUCGACAGCCCUGAGGCGGCGGCGAUGGCGUACGACCAGGCAGCCUUCUCGAUGAGGGGGUCGAUGGCGGUGCUGAACUUUCCGGUGGAGAGAGUGAGGGAGUCCCUGAGGGAGAUGAAGUACUCCUGCGAGGAAGGGUGCUCGCCGGUUGUGGCCCUCAAGCGGAGGCACUGCCUGAGGAGGAAGUCAGCAUCGUCGGCUGCAGCGGCAAGGAAGAGGAGAGAGAAGGAGGUGGCGGCGCCGGCAUCGAACCUGGUGGUGUUCGAGGAUCUCGGGCCGGAAUACUUAGAGGAGUUGCUUAGCACGUCCGAGAGCAAUGGCAGCCCUGCUAGCAGUCACUGGUGAAUUGUUAGAAGCAGAGGAGCUUCAGCUCCCGCUUCAGGGGAUUCUUUGUUUAAUUUUCUUGUUCUUUAAUUUCUUCUUUCCUCUCUUCUCUGUUUUUAUAUUUCUGUGUUUUAUCUGGGUGGGUUUUUGCUAGAAUAUUAGGAGCAAUGAUAAAAAAAUAAAAAAAAUAUUAAAAAUGUUGAGUUUAGUGGGAAUUAUCUUGCAGAAGUCAGGUGUAAUUUAGACUUCUUCUCUUCUUUCUUUCUUUCCUUUUUUUUUUUCCGAUUUUAUUUCGUGAAGCCAUAACCAGGCGGAUUGUAAAAGUUUCAGAAAUUCAUCUUUUUAUAUUAGAUGCAAUAUGCUUUCCCCCAAGCAAAAGGUGGCGGUUUUUGAGUA